AUGUCACUCCUGCACUACUGGGAAACACAGCGCUCUGCAAAACGUCGGAAGACAUCUGGUCAAGAUUCGGAUGUCGACUGCAAGGCGAGCGAGAAGCAGCCGUCAAGCCCAAGUCCCUCUACAGGAGUCGGGGAUACGCCUGUGGCCGAGGAGCCGGAGGCACACAUCCUCAGCAGUCAAACCGAGUUGGAAACAUCCCUGCCAGUAAUUGAGACGAAUGAGGAUGCCAUCCGGAAGUAUGAAUCGUUUCAGGCAGAGCAAGAUGUCGAGUCUGAGCCUGGACUGCACGUAAGACUGCGGGAUGGUGUCUGGCAAAAGGGCAAGAGUUCCAUCUAUGUGGAUGCAUUCAAUCUGGCACUAGAGACGGUGUUAGAUGAGGAGUCACAUCUUUUUGACCAGACUGAACUGGAGGUGUUCAAUCAAUGGAAGGAGAUGCCCUACGAGUCGCAAUACCUAUUUGCUGAUGGUUUCCAGGAGAUCACCACGCUAGAAGAAGCCUCGUCUCUCCUGUUGCUCGAUGAAUUGAAGGGAUUUGCCAAAGAAGCCAAAGUCCAAGGCAAGAACAAGAAAGAACUGCUGGCAGCCCUGUGCGAGGCCAGUCAAAGCCAAAUGGGGCUUGGAUUCCAGGAGCAAAAACAUGCCAAUAAAGCUACUAGCAGAGAGAGCCAUGUCCUAGAGAAGAUUUUGGAUCACACAGGCGAAUGCAUACGUCUCUCGCCGUUCCCUCGGGCUCUCUUCGAGCGUGUGCAUUUGGUCUUCUAUCGAUCGACAGAGUGGACGGAAAAGUCGCUGACCACCAUUAUUCUAGCUAAGAUAUCGCGAAGAAACUUCCCACAGUACAUAGUCUGUCGAUCUAAUUCUAUUUUCCCCUCCAGAGCCGCGCUCUUGGAGUUUGAAGCCGCGAUACGGACGCAGUUCGAUAUCGACAAUAUUCUCGAGUUUAAUGGUCCUCCAACCACGGAAUCAUUGCAAGAAAUCAUUGAUCUGGCGGACAAAUAUUAUCCUCGAUGGCAACGGCUGGUGGGGGAAGAGCAACAAAAAGAGAAAACCUUAUAUGAGAUCGGCGAAGGCGCUUAUCUUCGUCGCUUUUCGCCUGCCUGGGUGUACACGAGGAUUAUCCACAAGAGUCUUCAGCCACUAGGUCGAUUUAAGGAGCAUAAACGAGAACAUGAUCUUCUGUGCGAGCUCCUCGCCCAGCGAAUGUUUCAUGCUUCCCGCCGUGGCGCUUGGUAUCAAAGAAAGGCUCUGCUGGAAGAACACUAUAUGUGGGCGUUGAUGCCGUCUGAAGGUCGUAGCGAAGACAAGCAGCGCAAAUUCUGGAAACGAGUGGCACUGCGAACGUGCGAAGAAGGGCUGGAAGAUCCUCUCUGCCACCUGAUUUACCAUUAUGAUCUUCAGAAACGAGUUGUCAAGCUUGAGAAGGCGCUCAAAGUGGUCAAAAGAGAGCAGCAUGAUUUUGGGCAUGUUAUGCUGACCAAACCGGCCGAGCGAACCAUUGAAGGAAUCCGAAUUGAACGUGAUGAGGAUCCCAAGAAAGGCAAGGCCACGAUCUGGAUUGAUGAAAGGGAGGGUGGUGAAUGUCGUGUUGAAAGCAUGUGUCUGAGUUGGUAUCGUGACCAUGGCUGGAAGGGAUAUCAUUCGGAAGGUGGCAUUGUGCGAACGCUCUUUGGCCUCCUAUUCUAUGAUAUCCUGUUCACCUAUGUUCCAAAUGUCUUCCAGACUCCGUUCCAAACCUGUCCCUUGGACCUACAUACUGACGUAUUCUACCUAUCUCGGGCAUCGGAAAUCAAUCAUCGACUGGUGGAGAUUACGAACGGCGAUGCUGAGCGCAUCAUCCGCGAGAUCCAUAGCCGUGAAUCAGCUGCACAACCUUGUGCCAUUGGCAUCGACUGGUCCUUUGAGCCAGACGAUCUCAUUGAGAUUGUGCAAUGCUUUCGUGGCGAGGCUCUUGCAACCAUCUGCAAGGUCAUGGCCCAGGAAUAUCAGCAACGAGGUGGAGGUAUCCCUGACUUGUUUCUCUGGAAUUCAGAAAAGCAGACCGUCAUGUUUGCCGAGGUCAAGUCCGAGAACGAUCGCCUUAGUGAUACCCAGCGACUAUGGAUUCAUAUCCUACUUGGAGCUGGAGUCCAUGUUGAGCUAUGCAAUGCAGUCGCGAGGGAGGUAAGGGCGGAUUGA